AUGGCCAACUCUGGGACACCGGCCAAUACUCUUGCUGUUAUUCAAUUGCUGGUAACAACAUUUGCCACGAUACGGGAUGUCACCAGACUCUUGCGGACAGAGGAAAUAGAUAAUGAGCUUAAAGCGUUCUAUGCGAAUGUCAAUGCCAACUGUACUUUGAUGACACGCGAUUGGAGCCGCAUAAGCAAGUCAGCAUAUGGAAUCGAUGAGGAUCUUGUUUCAAGGACACUGAGCCACCUGGGAUCCAUAAUCACGACAAGCAGCCUCAAACCGCUUCAGGGAUCAAUCUCCAGUGCCACAUGUUAUGGAGGAAUGAGAGCAUUUAAUCAAGAAUGGAAUCUUAUUCAAAAGCAGAGCGAUAAAAGUAUGAGGAUUCAGCACGUCAGAUCCUGCACGAACUUUGGGAAAACUCUAGAGGAGCGCAAUCGAUUCAUACAGCGGCUGAAUGAGUACGAAGAUGAGCUUCAAGCGCGAUACCCUGAUUUUCAACCAGACUGGAUAUCUGAGGAUCUUCUAAUCAAGAAAAGUAUAAGACAGCCAUCUUAUGCGGUGUGGAACGCAGCACAAUCCAUCUUCAAGGCUCUUGUGGCUUGUAGCGAUUGCGAGUGUACACCUUCCCAUGAGAUGUGGGCUCAGCUUGGCUUGGGUACAUAUCGAAAAGCAAGUCUAAACGAGGAGAUUGAUAUGGACAGUGGUCUCGACUUUGACAUGUUCCUUUCGAUAAAGCAGGAUUGGCAAGAGGCUCACAUUCUCAUGUCAGAAGAAGUAAAGGAAAGAGCUGUAGUAUUUCAGGAUGAUAGUGAGGUAAAAAAACCUCAGACAAGGAAGUCGAUUGCCAAAACGAAGCAAAUGCGGGUAAAACGACUAUGCGAGCCAAUUGCCAAAAUGAGAACUAUGGCAGCGCAUCGUCUUGAACUCAAGGUCAUGCGAGAUCAGCUCUUCAAGCUACGGUCCGAAAGAAGUACUUCCCUCGUUGAUACGACGAGGAGCCCCAUAACUUUGGAGCAGUUUCUUAAAAUCGGGUCACGAUCCUUCACUGAAAGAACAAGGCGCAUUCUUGCUGUGAUCCUCAGCUAUGCUGUGCUUUACCUGCACGAUACUCCAUGGCUACAGCAUACAUGGAGCUCUUCUCACAUCCUAUUUUUCCCCACAACCUCUUCUGCAAUCCCGCUCCGGCCAUUUAUCCAAAUUCAGCUGGGACAAUACCAAGAAUCUAGACAGGACCCAGACGACCUUGACGACCCAGACGACCUUGAACUUGAGAAUCUGGAUCCGGAUGAUUUGAUAAUGCAUCACUGCCCAUUUCUGGUUACGUUAGCAGUGAUGCUCAUGGAAGUUUAUUUUGCUGUUCCUUUCAAUGUGCUGGCCAAGCGAUACGGUUACGACAUCGCGCCAGACGCGGAAUCUUCUGUUUCCACGCGGAGAUGUGUCGACGUCGAACUAGUGUUCAAAGCAUGUAGAGAAGAGAUUCCUGAAAACUACCAGUUCCACUGUGCCGUGGAUAAGUGCUUGGAUCCCGCGGCCUGGGAAGAUGAGAGUGGAAACAAAUUGGAUAAUGAAGCACUGACCUUGAGAAUUUAUCAAGAAAUUGUCUUGCCUUUGGAAACUGAGUUGGGUCAGGCUUUUACCUCAAUGCCUAUUGACGAACUUGACAGAAUCGCUCAGGAACUCAAUUUCCCAAACUGGGACCAAGAUGAUGUUUACGAAAAAUUCAUCAAACCCAGCUCGCUCAAUGCAGUAUCAUCUGUGAAGAUUGCAAUUCUCGAUACGGGUGUCGACUUAUCGCAUCCGGAUUUUGAAGCGCGUGUUGAUAACAUCAAAGGCAAAUACAACUGGCUUAGCCCGAACAGUAACAAGCCACAUGUAAUCACUGACCGCAAUGGUCACGGCACGUUUGCGGCGAGCUUGAUUCUCGACUAUGCUCCUGACGCUCAGCUUUACAUUGCAAAAAUAGCUGAAAGCGAGCCGUCCAGCGCUGGUAUUAUCGCCAAGGCCAUUAAUCAUGCGGUUUCUACCUGGGAAGUCGACAUCAUCUCCAUGUCAUUUGGCUUUCCUACUUGCAAUACGGCCGACUAUCACGAACUGGAAGCCGCCCUCGCACAUGCUCAUGCAAAUCGCGUGUUACUAUUUGCCGCAGCCUCGAAUAGCGGAGGCAAGCUGGGGCACGCGUACCCAGCUCGCGACCAGCAUGUUAUUGCCAUACAUUCGACUGAUACGAAUGGUAAUAGAUCGGCAUUCAGUCCCACGGCCAUGGACCACGACAUUAACUUGGCGACAGUUGGUGAAGCUGUUGAGUCGGCAUGGCCUGUGUAUUUAUCAGAUGAGACUUCGAACCCUAAUUUUGUUAAAUACAAGUCUGGCACGUCAUACGCGACACCCAUAGCGGCUGGGAUUGCAGGAUUUCUUCUGCUAUAUUCGAGAAUAUACUUGCCAGACAAAGCCAGCGCGCUGAAGAAUCGACAGAAGAUGCAGGCGCUACUGAGACAGAUAGCAGAGAAAGAGCGGGGACAGACGGUAAGGGAUGGAUAUUAUUUUAUUGAUUUAAGUCUCUAUGCGGAUUGCUUGUUUGGCAAAAGUCUAGACUUUAUUGACGCAACGAUUCGGAAUGUCUUGAGCACCUGA